GGGCCUUAAUCGCCAUGCGCGCCGCCCGCACCCCGCCUUGCCUUGCCUUGCCACGGGCGGCCGCAUGCCAGUCGCCGGGGCCUGGCCGAGCUGCAGGGGCUGCCAGGGCGGCGCACUGGACGCCCUCAAAGGACAAGGGUCACAAAAUGGUUUCGUUUUGACGUCAUCACUGUAUCGGUUGGUCUUACUUUAGGAACUGUUCAAUUACCAAGUUUGCUGCGCAGGAAGCUAGCGGCCGAGCACAGCCCGUUUGCCUGGUGGGGCUCGAGCCAGCCAGCCCCGCGGUGCCCCGGAGUAUCCAGAGUGCAGACCUUGAAUAGCUAUUAUACAAACAAAGAUGGCCGAUCCGGAGAAGGGAGCACCAGCACCUGCCAUGGAGGAGGACAUUGAUGAGGAGGACGUGGAGGAUGUGGAGGAUGAGGAAGGAGGUGGGGAGCGCAAGGAACUUGUUGACAAGCUGAUGAAGGACCCUCAGGUGCUGGCUGCCCUUCAGACCAAACUCCGUCGCUACCUUGGCACACCCUCGGGUUAUAUUAGUUCUUUGCCAGUAGCAGUAAAGAGACGUAUAAAGGCACUGAAAAAACUGCAGCUUCAGUACACAGACCUCGAGGCAGCCUUCUACAAAGAAGUUCACGCACUGGAGGUGAAGUACGACAAGAUGCACCAGGCCCUGUACGAGAAGCGCCGGCACGUGGUCACCUCAGAAUACGAACCCAACGAUGAAGAAUGUGACUUCCCCUCUGACGACGAGACCGACGACGAGAAGAACCUUAGCAAAGACAUGGAGGAGAAGGCCAAAAUAGAUGAGAAGGACGAAAAUAAGAUCCACGAUUUCGAUGAGAACACUAAAGGCAUUCCAGAAUUCUGGUUAACGAUCUUCAAAAAUGUGGACCUGCUCGCUGAGAUGGUGCAGGACUACGACGAGCCCAUCCUGAAACACCUCGUAGACAUCCAGCUCAAGUUCCACGACGAGCCAAUGGGCUUCACUUUAGAGUUCCACUUUAGUGAAAAUGAAUACUUCACCAACAAGGUUCUAACUAAAUAUUAUGAAAUGAAGUGUGUUCCAGAUAAAGAUGAUCCAUUUGGCUUUGAAGGACCGGAAAUCUUUAAGUGCAAGGGUUGUACCUUGGACUGGAAAAAGGGUAAAAAUGUCACAGUCAAAACAAUCAAGAAGAAACAGAAGCAUAAAUCUCGAGGAGCUGUCAGGACAAUCACCAAGACACUGCAGAACGACUCCUUCUUUAACUUCUUCAAUCCUCCACCAGUCCCUGAGGAUCCCAAUGAGGAGAUGGAUGAGGACACCCAGGCCUUGUUAACGGCAGACUUCGAGAUUGGACACUAUAUCCGGGAACGCAUUAUUCCCCGGGCAGUGCUAUUCUAUACUGGUGAAGCUUUAGAUGAUGAAGAUUUUGAAGAGGAAGAGGGAGAAGAAGGGUCAAUAAUCAGUUCAGUGUAGCACCAUAGCAUCUUCAAGAUUUUCAGGCGAGGAAGGAGACGAUGAGGAGGAGGAAGAUGACCCUGACUAUGACCCAUCGAAAGACAAGGCCGUCAAGGGUCAGCAGCCGCCAGAGUGUAAGCAGCAGUGACCUUCUGGCUGAGUGUAGGGUAUUUUUCCUUUGACGUUAAGCAGCAGCAUCUGGGGCCUUGGUGUCAUUACGUAUUUGGUGGCAUUAAACAUUUUCUUGUGGAUUUUCCAUAUGGAUAUGUUUCUUCUAUAGCUGUAGUGAAAGCAUGCUAACUACUGCAAACAUGUCAUUCCAAGUUUACAGUCUUCAAUGUCUGUAUAUAUAUUUCUUUAUUGUUUUUUUGGAUCAUUAAUAGGAACAAAUUUGUAUAGGUGUUAACAGUAGCUUGUUGUUGAUUUGAUGGACAUUUCUUUUCAUUCUCAUUAUUUCCAGCUACAGGUGUUGCCACCAUACGAAUUGUUAAUUACUUUUCUCCAGUGCAGCUGAAAUCUCAUUGUACAUGAAUAUUAUUAAAAUGUUAUUUGAUGCAGCUGAAAGUUUAGAUUAAAUGUUAUUUGGUGCAACUGAAAGUUUAGAUCUGUUUUAUUCAAGUUUGAGAGAUUAAUGUCAUGUACUACUCCUGAAUAUUGUUGAGUUUGUACAAAAAAAAAUGUUCAGUACCAAUCUAAUGUUUAUAAUAGAUGUUACAGGGUCUUGGUGGGUCGGACAGACCUUGCUGUUGCCCUCUUCUUCAAGAGCAUCAAGGUUUGUUCCAAAGGACACUUGAAAAGUUCUGACUUGUGAUACGCCACUUUUUGAUAGGUUCAUCUGUGACUACUCAAGAUGUUUAGACUUAAAUAAUCUAGAUUUAUAUAUUUUUCAUUUUUUUGACUGCAUUAUACGAGCUUUAACAACAAACUACUGCCUCUGUUGCAUGAACAUGUGGAAAAGUAUUGAUACUCAUCACGGUCUGUAUUUAAUUUCGGAACUAGUUUUAUUUAUUUUAAACUGAAAUCUAUGAAAUUGCGUAGUGGAAAGAAAGGUUUCAUGGUGUAACCAGUAAGCUUCAUAAAUCAAUGUAAUAGCUUUGUUACCACUGCAGCGAAAAUAUAUAUAUUUGCUCCUUUUUUUCA